AUGGCGGCGCCCCUCGGGCCGCGCUACGCGGCCAAGCAGUUCGCGCGGCACGGCGCCGCCUCCGGGGUGGCCGCCGGCUCGCUGUGGCCGUCGCGAGAGCAGCUGCGCGAGCUGGAGGCUGAGGAGCGCGAAUGGUGCCCGAGCCUGGCGGCCAUGCAGGAGUCGCUGCGGGUGCAGCAGCUGGCGGAGGACCAGAAGCGUCGGGCCAGGGAGCAGCUCAUUGCGGAGUGCAUGGCCAAGAUGCCACAGAUGGUUGAGAACUGGCGGCGGCAGCAGCAGGAGCGCAGGGAGAAGGAGCAGGCGGACAAGGAGCGGCGGGCGCGGCUGCAGGCCGAGGCCCAGGAGCGCCUGGGCUACCACGUGGACCCGAGGAGCGCCCGCUUCCAGGAGCUGCUGCAGGACCUGGAGAAGCAGCAACGCAAACGCCUCAAGGAGGAGAAGCAAAGGCAGAAGAAGGAGGCACGAACGGCCGCACUGGCUGCUGCCGCAGCCCCAGACCCCGACCCUGCAGCCUCGGCAGCACCCAGUUCCUGAACUGUUGUCUUCCAAUAAAACCUGCUGCCUGGCAGCCCCCCUCCCACCGAA